UCGGAUAAUAAGAAAUGAUAAGGGCGACAAUCACACGGCAGAACCAGUGACCCACUUUGGUUUCAGAGAAGUACCGGAAAAGGAGAAAGAGAAUUUAGUCGGACAGGUCUUUGCAAAUGUGGCUUCAAAAUAUGACUUGAUGAAUGAUCUAAUGAGCCUGGGCGUACAUAGACUCUGGAAAAAUUAUUUCAUCAAUUCGCUUGCUCCAGGACCAGACACUAAGCUUAUUGAUGUUGCGGGAGGUUCAGGCGACAUUGCCAUCUCCUUUCUUAAAUACUGUCACAAAACUUAUGCUUCGCCUUCACCGCACGUCACGGUAGUCGAUAUAAACCAAUCAAUGCUAUCUGUUGCCUCAUCUCGUCUUGAAUCAUUACCUUAUCCGAAAGCUGAAUACGACCUACUUCUCUCCAAUGCAGAAUCUCUCUCUUCUGUUCCUUCCGAUUCCUUUGAUGCGUAUACGAUCGCAUUUGGCAUUCGUAACUGCACCCACAUCUCUCGAGUCCUGUCGGAGGCAUACCGUGUGCUAAAACCAGGUGGUCGAUUUAUGUGCCUAGAAUUCGCACCCAAGCAGAGUUUGGCGAUAAUAGAGAAAUUAUACGAUAUUUACUCUUUCGAUGUGAUACCAGUCAUCGGACAGGUGAUCGCUCAGGAUAGAGAUAGUUAUCAGUACUUGGUGGAGAGCAUUAGACGGUUCCCUCAACAAGAGCAAUUAGCCGAGAUGGUUAAGAAAGCUGGGUUUGUGGUGAUGGGAAAGGGAUGGACGGAUCUGAGUUUUGGAGUUUCCGCUAUACACGAAGGUUUCAAGAUAUGA